GCUAUAAAUUUAUAAUGUCUGGACUUAUUGAAGGACUUCCUGACGAUGUUGCAAUUAGGUGCCUUGCACGCGUUCCCUUCUUCUUCCACCCCAAUUUAAAGCUUGUCUCUCGAUCUUGGAAUACUGCCAUUCAUAGCCCUGAACUAUUUAAAGCUCGGCAGGAGGUGGGCUCAUCUGAGGAGCUGCUUUGUGUCUAUGGUUCUUAUCCACAUAGGUUAUGGCAGAUGUAUGAUCCUUUAAGAGAUCUCUGGGUUACACUUCCCUUUAUUCCCUCAAAGAUGGAAGAUCUUUCAGACUUUGGUGCUGUUUCCACUGCUGGAAAGUUGUUUGUGAUUGGUGGUGCAAGGGAUCGUGUAACCGAUGAAGUCUGGUCAUAUGACCCUGUUGUCCGGCAGUGGGCCUGUCGGGCUUCAAUGCUUGUUCCACGUUAUGAUUUUGCAUGCUGUGUUCUUAAUGGGAAAAUUGUUGUGGCUGGGGGUAUCACUAGCCGUGGAGAAUCAACAUAUCAAGCUGAAAUGUAUGACCCUGAGAAGGAUAUUUGGAUCGCGAUGCCUAAUCUUCAUCCUGUUUAUAAUUCCGCCUGUUCGGGAUUAAUGAUUGGUGGAAAGAUGGAUGUCCUGCACAAUCAUAUGUCAACAGUUCAAGUUUUAGACAAUGCAGGUACUCAGUGGAUUGUUGAGGAGUGUGGGUGGGACCAACAACCAAAGGCUGUUGUCCAGGGUGCAGUUUAUGUGUUGAGCCGACUGGGUAUCUACAGGCAGAAGAAAGACGGGAAAAUUGUUGAAGCUGCAGUAUGUAAGUAUGGAAAAAGAACUCGGUUUGCAAUGAUUGGCCUAGGUGAGGAUUUAUAUGUGAUUGGUGGCCUCUCUCGCGAUGACGGCCCCGUGAGGCCAUUAUCCGAUGUUAAUGUUUUCAUGCUUGGGAAUGAGAGUCCCACUUGGCGCCAGGCAGCUCCAAUGACACGGUGUCGUGGUCCAAUUCAUGGUUGUACACUGCUUAGAAUUUAGUCCACCUCUCUAGGGAGCUCUUGUGUAUUUUGUGUUCAUAGGGAAUUUGUAUCCCUUCAACUAGACAUGGAUAUCUUUGUUAAUUGAUUACAUGUGGUGAUGAUUGAUAAGGUUAGUUUCUGUAUCUGUUUUGUUGGAAGCAAAACCGGCAAGGUCUACCAGUAGCAACAAAUCAGUGCUCGUCCUCCUUAGAUUUUAUCACUACAUAGCAAAACACUGCAAUUUCAUUGAGCUGUUCACUAUUUUCUGUUCUUUUUUUUUUGUCUGAGGAUAGUUGAGAGGGAUAAUGUUUCAAACCUUAGUUGUUCACUAUUUGUUAAUGGCACUUGUUAUAUAUUCAAUUUCUCGCCUUCAAAUUUUAAAUUGUU